AUGAAUAUCCCUUUUUACAAAACAUAUUUUUCAUUUUUUCAAAUUGUCUUAGUUGUUCUUUUGUUAUAUAAAAAUAUAAAUUGUGAGAGUCAUCAUGUUUUCAUAAGGACUGAGUUAUCAUUCAUAAAGAACAUUGUUCCUUGUAUUCGUGAUAUGUUUUUUAUAUAUAAGAGGGAAUUGUAUAAUAUAUGUUUAGAUGAUUUAAAAGGCGAAGAAGAUGAAACCCAUAUAUAUGUUCAAAAGAAGGUAAAAGAUUCUUGGAUAACUUUAUAUGAUUUGUUUAAAGAAACUGAUUUAACAGGCCGUCCUCAUAUUUUUGCAUAUGUAGAUGUGGAAGAAAUAAUUAUAUUACUUUGUGAGGAUGAAGAAUUUUCAAAUAGAAAGAAGGAUAUGACUUGUUAUCGUUUUUAUAGUAAUGAUGGAAAAGAAUAUAAUAACAGUGAGAUAACUAUAAGUGAUAAUAUAUUUAAAGAUAGUCUUCUAUCUUCUUAUUCUUCUUUCCCUUUAAAAAUUGAAAAUCGUGAGUACUUUCUAAUAUGUGGUGUAAGUCCUUAUAAAUUAAAGGAUGACAAUAAGAAGGAUGACAUUUUAUGUAUGGCAAGUCAUGACAAGGGAGAGACAUGGAGAACCAAAAUAGUCAUAAAAUAUGACGAGUACAAAUUAGGUGUGCAAUAUUUUUUUCUAAGACCCUACAUUUCUAAGAACGAUUUGUCAUUUCAUUUUUAUGUAGGUGAUAAUAUAAAUAAUGUAAAGAAUGUUAAUUUUAUUGAGUGUACGCAUGAAAAGGAUUUAGAAUUUGUCUGUAGUAAUAAGGAUUUUUUAAAAGAUAAUAAAGUACUUCAAGAUGUUUCUACAUUAAAUGAUGAAUAUAUUGUUAGUUAUGGAAAUAAUAAUAAUUUCAAUGAGUGUUAUAUUUUUUUUAACAAUGAAAAUUCUAUAUUAAUAAAACCAGAAAAAUAUGGUAAUACAACUGCAGGUUGUUAUGGAGGAAAGUUUGUAAAAAUAGAUGAAAACAGAACGUUAUUUAUUUAUUCUUCUUCUCAAGGGAUAUAUAAUAUUCACACUAUAUACUAUGCUAACUAUGAGUAG